AUGACAGAGGCUAGCUGAGCGUUCCUGUGCACGAUCCGGAUUACUGCCAUCGUUUCUGUAGCUUUGUUUACACAGUCGGCUGUGAGAUUUCGUGGUGCUGUUGUGAGACGAAUUGCAGGCAUUGAGUGGUAACUUGAGCUGGUGAUUCGCGGUGUCAUUAGCGACGUUGUUUUCCAAGCACCAAAGGUUCUGUUGCUGAUAUACAUAAGGGCAGAAAUGGUAAGGGGAAGAGCAGUUCAGAAUUUCACUCAUCUGCAGCGUGUACGAGUCUUGUAUAAAACUGUCCUUAAGCUACAUCGUGGCCUGCCUUUGGAAUUGAGGGCUCUAGGUGACCAGUAUGCUCGUGAUGAAUUUCGACGACACAAAGAAGCAACUCCAGAACAAGCUCAGAUAUUCAUGUCAGAGUGGACAAACUAUGCAGUCACUAUAGCUAAGCAAUUAGGAAUACGCGGCACUCACACUGCAAAAGUUAUUGGCGCACCAUUAAAUGAAGGAGAUUUAGCUAAAUUUAGUGAUGUUCAGAUUUAUCAGUUGUUUGAGUUACAUGAGGCAGCAAGAGACCCAGAGACUCUUGAUACUGAAAAUAAAAUAGAUAAAUGAUUGCAGUUUUAUUUAGGAAGUUAGAAAUAAUGUUAAUUUGUUUAGCUCUUAUGUGUAUACAAAAAGUGUGGAUUGAUAAAUUAAUAACUGUCUUCACUUGCUAAUAAAACAAAAGCCAAAUUCUGCUAUUUAUAUUUUUAUUUGUCGAUUAAAUUUAUAAAUAUACUGUACAUAUGCAAAUACAUACAGUCAACCCUUAUAUAACACUGUAGUUGUGUUCCUUGAAGUCAUUGUGUUAUAUAGAAAUACAGUAUUCUAUAUAACAUUUGGAAAUCUAGGGUUAUGUUCCCAGAUGUCACAGCUCAGUGAUCAGUGCAGGGAAGCCCUGGGUUAGAUUCUUGAGCACAACAACAUUUUUGGGCAUGUUUCCUUACUGCAAAUACCAGGGAAGUAAGUACAGGUACCAGGGAAUUUGGGAACUGUUGUGGGUUGCAUCUUGGGAAAGUUUAGUCAUUGGCUUAGGGAGAACGUCGCUUACCCUGAUAAUUGGACGAUGUGAUACCUAUUUCGGUAAUGAGGUUAUAUGUUGAAUUAUUAUUUUUAUUUUAUUAAUCUGCAUAUAGGUAAAUGCAUUUGGUGGGAUUUUGUGUGAAAUAAUUGCAAGAAAAAAUUGCUAUUAAAAGUACAUGAACCUUA